AUGGCUGCGGACGAUGAGAUGGAGCGCCUCCAGAAGGGUGUCGAGGAGCACACCCAGCGCCGCCACGAUGAGAGGAUACUGGUUGAGAAGGAGAAGAUGAAGGCUGAAAAGGAGAAGAUGAAGGCUGAAAAGGAGAGGAUGAUGACUGAGAAAGAGAGGGUCGAGAUCCAGAAGAAGAGGGUGGAGCAAGAGGUGUUGGCCUCCAAACUAAAGAUGUGGCACAAGCACGUGGUGUUCAACAUGGAGAGACGAAAUAUGUCGUAUGAGGAUGCCUCGGCGGAUGCAAGCGCGAUGAUGCAUAAGAUAGAUAGAUAGCCAGAAAGAUAGAUGGACCGCCCUAUGUAAUUAUGCUUUCGCUGA